ACACACACGAGCACGAGCGGCGGCGGCGGAGCUUCGACAGGUCUGGAGUUUUCAAGGAGUGAGAAACACACAGGAGUGAGGUGAGGAGGUAGGAGUAACGAUGGCGGGGAAGAAAUGACAAGUUUGAAAGUGUUACACCGGGAACACCGGGAACAAGUCGACCGGCACAAAGGAACAAAGCACCUUUGCUGAAGGGAAUUUGCCUCUCUCUGUUUUUUUGCAGAUGUCCGCCGCCUGUUUGGUCUGAAACAAUGCCCCCGAGAAACUCCGGACUUUAUGGCUUCGGGCGAGUAGGAUAAAACGCUUCAGCUACAAAUAGUACAGCGAGAUCGGAUCAGAGGUUUACUCCUUCAGCUCACUAGGGAGUGUGUGUGAGAAAAUGAUCAAAACCGAGAGCAAAGGCGAGAGGACUCUGAGGAGCGCGUCUCCUCACAGAAACGCGUACAAGGCGGACUUCCACGCCAUCAAGUGCUCCUUUGACGGAACCAAGCCCGACAUCGCCUCCAAGUCCUGUGCUAAUGGCUCCUCCGGUGAGCUCCGUGAGGACAUGUCCAGGGGACGAAACUUUGGCAACCGUGUCAAUAAGAUCAAGAACAUUUUUCUGCAGAUGGAUAGCCAGCAGCAAGAGAGUCAAGAUGGGAAAGCCACCAUGAAGGAUGCGCCUCAGAUCUCACCCCCAGCAAAAUUCCCAGCUAGUGCCACACACAAACCUGGCCCGAACAGCUUGGACCCUCAGAGUGACAGGACCCCAAAAGGAGAGGACCCAGAGAUCGAUAAAGCGGCCUUGGCUGAGAAGUUUUCUGUAACUAGAAAACUAUUUGAGAGGGGUAUAAAGGAUCAGACUACAGUAGAGAGGCAGGCCCCAGGCAGGGCCUCUGGACGCCUUUCCCAGAGUAAUGUGUGUGAAGAAAAGAAAGCGGGCAGGAAACCCGUAGGAUCAUCCGAAAAUGGCAACAACAGCGUUAUUAAAACAGAUCGAAGCCCUGCCUCGCCAGAAAGCAAGGAUGCUGAGAACUCGAAGCAGGCCAAUCGAUUAUUAAAUGCAGGACCUAUAUCGAGAAGACUGGAGAAUUUCAUGGCAGAUAGUGAUAAUGAAGAGUCAGCAAGAACAUCAGCUAAAACACCAGAGAAGGUGUGUAGCCCUACAGAAAAAUCAGGACCCGUGCCUCCUGUACGAAACACCACUCCCAAACCAACUUCACCGUUAAAUGACCACUUUCAAAAGCCAACCUCCCCGACUAAUCAUUCCAAACCAGCUCACUCUCCGACCUCACCAACCAGUGACCCGGCAUCAAAAUCUAGCUCGGUGGUCUCUCAAGCACCUUCUAAGCCCACCUCUCCUACUACAAAAGGCAGUGAUGAGACCUGCGUCCCCACUUCCAGACAUCCGUCCUCAUCAGCUGAUGGUUUACAUAAAUCUUGCACAGGCCCUGAGGAAGCCAAACCCAGUGUUCCUCCUAGGGAUCAGAAGUCGUCAGCUUUUAUCAGCAGUUUUUACAACAGAGUCAAGGGUCCAGAGGCGGCAAAGCACGAGUCCAUUACUUUGCGGAGCUCAUCCGGAGACACGGUACCUCCUCAGUCCCCGCAGAGCUUGGAUCCUGUUGGGGCAGGAGUGGUUCGUGCAGAACUAGUCAGGGUCCAGAACGAAUCAUCCGAAAGCGAGGAGAAUGAGGAGGACUGUGUAUUUGAAGAGCUGAAGCUCAAAAGGGAGCUCAGUCCUGAUGUCCUGAGAGGAGGUCUGACCAGAGAGGCUUUGAGUCCUCCAUCUCCAGAUGAUCUUCAGAAGGUUACAGAGGUCAAGAAGCAGGAAAAGGCAGUUUCUCAGUUACAGGAGGGACAGAGCGAGAAGCUUACAAAGCAAGAGAGUGACCAACAGUAUGAUGAAGAAGAGGAAGACAGUGAGCAAGAUGACCAGGAUGAAAGUGCGAAGACAUCACCAGUGUUUUAUAGCUUUGAAAAUGCAGCAUUUGUGGAUGAUAAGGAGACAGGGCCUGCUCAGAAGGAGGAAGAAGAAGAAGAAGAAGAAGAAGAAGAGGAGGAGGAAGAAGAAGAAGAAGAGGAUGAUCAGUACUAUGAGGAGUAUGAUGAAAUUAUCGGUCUCUCGGAGGAGGAAGAAUGCUCAGCCAGGAGGAAGGUUCGCUUCUCUAGUGCGCCAAUACGGGUCUUUAGCACAUACUCGAAUGAAGACUAUGACCGACGCAAUGACGAGGUGGAUCCUGUGGCAGCUUCUGCUGAGUAUGAGCUGGAGAAGCGUGUGGAGAAGAUGGACGUCUUUCCAGUGGAGAUGGAGAAAGGUGAUAAUGGGCUAGGCAUCAGCAUCAUAGGCAUGGGGGUAGGAGCUGAUCAGGGCCUGGAAAAACUUGGCAUCUUUGUGAAGACCAUCACAGAAGGAGGAGCAGCUGAGAGAGAUGGCAGGAUCCAGGUGAACGAUCAGAUCGUAGAAGUUGAUGGCAUCAGUCUGGUGGGAGUGACGCAGCUCUUUGCUGCAACAGUCCUCAAGAACACAAAGGGAACAGUUCGCUUCCUGAUUGGUCGGGAGAAACCAGGGACCCAGAGUGAGGUGGCCCGGCUGAUCAGUGAGACGCUGGAGCAGGAGAGACACCAGCAGCAGCAGAGACUGGAAGAUCCGUAUGAACAGUCCACAGAGGAGGAUGAACACUACGAGGAGGACGAAGGAGAGGAAGAGGGGAUUGUAAGCUCGAGUUUUGGCAGGAGGUCGAGGGAGCUGUAUGAUUUGCCAGAGAAUGAAAGGAUGUUCCUGCCCUCAAAUAUGGAUGCCGCUCAACUCAGCUUCAAAUUUAAAGAGCUUCAGAUAAAACACAGCAUAGCUGAGGCCGAAAUCAAUGAGCUCAAAGAAAAGCUGAAGGAGUCUGAGAAAGGGCGAAAAGCAUGGGAGGAACGGCAGGAGCAUCUAGAGAAGUGCAUUGAGGAGAACUCUGAAAGAAUCAACUACUUGGAGAAGAAUUGGUUGGAGGCUCAGUCCCUCUGUAAAGCUCUUAAUGAGCAGCUCACUGACUCCCAGAACCAGUUUGAAUCUUUGGACAAGAAAUACAGCAAAGCCAAGAAACUGCUCAAGGAGACCCAGCAAAAAGAAUCUGACUUUUUGAAGAGGGAGGAGGAACAAAAGAAGAUGCUGGAGGAGACGGAAAGCCGUUACAAAGCCCAGGUAGAGAGCUUACAGAAGAAGGUUGAGGCACUGGAGUCCAACAAGAAUACUCAAGACUCUACAGCAGAAAACUGCACUGAAGGGACUCUGGAUUUAGACAACAAACUUGCAGACUCACUUAUACUAGAUAAUGACUGGGGUGAAGCCGUGCCUGAAACUAAGCUUUUGGACACUAGUGUCCAUCGCGCCAAAGGCCUGCUAGCCCAAAAGUCCAGACGACAGCCACCAUCUCGCGGUAAACUCAGAGAGAUUAGCAACUCGUCAGCAUGUCUUCCUCAUGUUUGCAAGGCUGAAGAGGAAGAGUUUCCGGGUCCCCCACAUCGUAGGAGAUCACUACAGGAUAGUCUGUCCUUGCCAGUCAUCUCUCAGACCGCUAAUGGUCAGAAGCAGGAACCUGACACUGCCCGACCUGUGAGCACCUCCAGAAGCACCACAGAGCUCUCCAGCCCGCAGUCUCCCUCUGGAACCAGUACAGAGAGCCCCUGCGUUUCCCCAACAAAAGACUCUUCCUCCUCUGGCUUUCUCCGAAAUGUCAAGAAGAGAGAGUCCAAAGGAAAAGGCAAAGAAGUUAAAGAAGACUCCAGUGACGGAGCAGGAAAAACUAAAAGGCGAUUCCCUGAUUUCGGUGGUCUCAGGAAGUCUGGUGGGAAAGGCAAGAAACAUGACAAAGAAGCAAUGCGAGCAUCAUUGGACAGCAGAGGCUCAGCGGAGCUGCUGGAAGAGUCAGGGCCAAACGUCUCACCCUCGGAGUCCUUGGCGUCCAUCCCAACUUGCAUGCCUUUCUCUUGGUUCGGUGAUAAGGACAAAGAGAGAGACCGCGAGCCUUCAUCGUCUACCAGCAGUCUCCCUCAAACUGCAGCAGAACCCAGUGAACAACAGGACCGCAAGAACAAGACAAAUCUUUCCCGGUCCUCUCUGUUCAUUCGAUCUUUAGACUUGAGCACGUCAGUGCUAGAUGAUUCAAAACCGGACAGUCCGAGUUCAGAGUUAUCAGGGCUAGUGGCAGAGCCCAACCUUUCAGGCCGAACUCACACUAUAACCUUCUCUUCCAAUGAGGAGCUGGAUAAUGAGCCCUGUUCAGUGGGGAAAGACUACCAUUGGCAGAAUCGUCCAGUCUCUGAGUGGACAACUCAACAGGUGUGCCAUUGGCUGAUGGGCAUGAACAUGGACCAGUACACUCCUGAGUUUACUAUACAGGGUAUUGAUGGACUUCAGCUGAUGAAUCUGGACAGUGAGAAACUAAAAGUACUUGGAGUCGCUAGUCAAACUGACCGUGCCAUGAUUAAGAAGAAGCUGAAGGACAUGAAAAAAGCCCAGGAGAAACUGGAAAAACAGCGUGAGAAACGUGACAAAGAAGCUCGACGAAGCGGGAGACUGCCAGGCAACAAUGACUCUAUCUGCUGAGGCCACCCUAAUCUCUCUCAGUCUCUCGCUCUCUCUUUUUUUUUUUCCUCCUCUUUAUUUCUACUUUUCUGAAGCACUGACACACCCUGGUUCGUGUCAAGCAGGCAGCUGACGGCUUUUUUGCUGUUUAAUUCUAACGUCAAUCGCAGGGGGGAAAUGUCACUGCAGUCAAUGUAAAAUCAGUCCAUCGUUAAUUAGUAGGAACUAAAGUGCAGAGCAGGUACAUGUUAUUGUCUGUGCAUCUUGUAGGACCCUUAAUGAAUAAGAAGUACUGCUCAUACCAGAAAACAGCAGAUUUAAGAAUUGUCUAAUUCUUUGCCUGAUGCCUUAAACCUAAAGUGCUCCAUUGUACAACUUUCGCCAACACAAGAAAAAAAGCGAGUCCUAGCUAGGGCUAUGUGAAACUGGUUCGAGAAACACGUCACUGUGGACCAUCUACAUGAUUGAGUGCUACCUUUUAUGGACCAAACAGAUUUUUUAUUGUAUUUUAUGUGCACAACAAAAUAAUGUUUCUUGACUUUAUUUUUUAAGAGAACAAGAUAUUCACACACAGAUGCCACUAAUUUUGGAACAAAAAUUAGUUUUGUUUUUAAAAACCUCUUUCUAUCUCUUUUUACUUAGUACAUGUCUCCUGUCCCUCUGUAUAAACCUUCUUUGCUGGAACUUUGUACAGUCCUCAAGUGAAAGCACUAUGUUUGUCUUUUAACAGGCAAAUGGUGACAUGGUUUUUAAAUGUACAAAUGAAAUAUUUUAUACACCUUAACUUCAGAAGAAAAACAUUAUUGAUUUAAACUUUUGGACACGUUUUCUACUGAGUAGAAUAGCUCAAUAGUGUAAGACCAUUUUGCGAUUUCUAAACAGCAAAAAGUGAAAUUAUUUAGGUGUUGCAGUUUGUUUGACUGCGUUGGUUAUGGUAAUACUCUUUCUCUAUUAAUUGAGCAUCUAGUCAAGAUUUUAAAGAUAAUUGUUUUAGUAUCAAAGCAGGGUUUGGGAUAAAGACUUGAAAUUGAACAAAACAAUAGCGAAUGCUAAAAGUUUUGAUGUAGUCUGGUCAUUCAUUUUCUUAAUUUUAUUUGCAUGUCCUGUCUUAAUCCCAUCUGUUUCAAUUGCACCAAUAUUAGUUAUACAAUUUGCCGAGUCCCUGGAGAAAUGGAUUUUUAUUGUUUUCAAUACAGGACUUUGUCAGACCAUGAGGAAAGCCUAAUAUCCAGUUAUUUCUCUGGUACGAAUGUACAAGCUGCACCAAUAAAUUUAUUUUCACGUG